UGCUCGGUCUUUUCACACUGCGCGUGGUUCUGCUGCAAACAUGAGUACGCUGCGCUUACAGAAGCGGCUGGCCGCCGCCGUCCUCAAGUGCGGCCGCAAGAAAGUCUGGCUGGAUCCCAAUGAGACGAACGAGAUCGCUAACUCAAACUCUCGCCAGAACAUUCGGAAGCUCAUUAAGGAUGGUCUGAUCAUCCGCAAGCCUGUGGCGGUGCACUCGCGUGCCCGCGUUCGCAAGAACCAGGAGGCUCGGCGCAAGGGUCGGCACACUGGCCCUGGCAAGAGGAAAGGUACGGCCAAUGCCCGUAUGCCCCGCAAGGUCAUCUGGAUCCGCAGGAUGCGUGUCCUCAGGCGGCUGCUCAAGAAGUACCGCGAGGCUAAGAAGAUCGACAAGCACCUGUGAGUACCACAUACAAGUGUUGCCCUGUUGAG